AUGGAUAUUCCCCGGAUUCCACAACGGCCCAAAAGACUGAAAUCUCUGGAGGAAAACACUCCUUCUUCCACUCCGUCUUCUACUCCGGCUCCAAUUGUUCCGGCUCGGCCACGGAAAAACAAUGGUGCAGCGGCUUCGAGUGAAGGAUCAGGAGAGUUUCCGCCCAUUCCCCGCCGGCCUCAAAGGAAAAAGAACAUAGGAGAAACAGAUCUGGAGGCCGACGAAAAGCCCAAAGAUGCAGAGAGUGAUGAAGGAUGGAAUGAUAGUGAAGGCAAGACACCCGAGAAAGAUAUACACGCAGCACUUAAAGAGAAUGCUGAUUCAGAUAAGCCAGACAUCGGAGAUUCCGAAGCUGAAAAACAGCCGGAGGUUGACGGAAAGGACCCGGCAUUGAACCUAGAGAAAGCAUUAGAAGCCAAUCUGGAGGAAGCGGCCAUCCCAUCAGAAGACGUGACGGAAGACGUGACCAAAUCAGAGGAGACCAAAUCAGAGGACAUUGAAGCAAGCGUACACAUUGAAGAAAAGGUCGAAAGAGAAUCUGAGGUUGCAGAUACCAAAGGUGACAUUGAGGUAGACGACGGCAUUGAGGUGGACGAUGCCAAAGAGGUGCCCAUCUCUGAGUUGUCUGAAACAGAUAGUGCUUUCAAGUCAGAGCCUACCGACGACGCUGCAAACCCUGUCUCUGAGGAGGCCGUGAAGCCUACUGAACCCAGUGAAGACGCUGAAGAUGAACUCGUGUUAGACCGUGAACUGAAAACUGCUCGUGAAUCUGAACCUUUAGAGGCCGAGGAUGUUGAAGAACAACACGAUCAAGCCAUGGAAAAGGCAUCUUCAGUCACGCAGAUAGGUGAGACGCCGUCUGAUGCUAAGAUCUCAGAAGACACAUCUGAGUCUAACAAGGGCGACGAGGACGUUAAGGAGAACGUUUUGUUGGAAGAAAGUGGUUCUGAACCAAAGGAUUCGGAGACAGGUUCUCCAUUCCAGGUUGAAGAGUCCGCAAUUGUUCCAUCGGAAGGAAAACCCCCAGCCGAGGUUGCUGAAACUAGCCAAACAACUAACAAGUCCGCAGAAUCGUUGCAUUCUGAGGAGAAUCUUACACAGGCGAAACCAGCAACUGUUUCUGAUCAACAGCCAACAGAAAAGCAAGAACCCUCAGAGCAGGAAAUCCCAAAGCAAGAAUCCUCAAAGCAACCCUCAAAGCCAAUAGUCCCUACAAGGCCAAACAAGAGUGUACCUUCGGUUCCCAAACGUCCUGUGAGGUCUGUGCCUGCUUCGAGCUCUCCUGAAAGUGUUCAAGAAUCCGACGCCAAAAAGGCUCCUCCGCCAAAACCCAAGAAACUUUCGUCAAAGAUCGCCGCUUUCCAACAAAUGUUCAACCAGCCAGAGGCCGUUCCUACUGCUCCACAGCAUCCUAAAAGCGGAAAGCUUUCAUCGGAGAAAAUUGGAUUCGCCGCAAACUUGCAAAAUGUUAUGGGCCGUGGAAUAGCUUUGCCAGGAAUGGCCAAUCCGCAAAUGUUCCAGAGGGCUUCAACUGACCUAGAAGAAGAAACGGCAGAUGUCCAUGCCGAACCAGAGCAAAAUCCUCAGGUGUCUAAGGCUCCACAAAGAGCACGUGGACCCAGGGGAAAAAGACUUCCAAAAGCCAUCAAGGAAACAACCGUGAAAGUCGAGCCUAGAUUCCAGUUACGUGUGGCUAGCUUGUGGCAAGUGGAGUUCAACAAGCCCAAGGAAACGGAAAAAGUGGACGAUGAUUUGGAGGAAGACUACGAAGUGGAACCAGAGUUUGUGGAUUCGGUAAGAGAACCAGAAAGUGACAAAGAGACGGUGGCUGAACCUGAAACGUCUACAAAGGACGAUUCAGUGCAGACAGAGUCUCUUUCCAAUGAGGAAUCUACGCUGGAACUCCCAGAGGCAAUUACUACAGAGCAUGUGUUGGAUUCGCCCUGA